GCUCUUGAUUUGUAGCAUUCUGUGCAUGGUAUAUUAGAAAAGUUUUGUGGUCAGAAGCAUUGGUGCAUAUCCCUAUAUCCCAAGGACCCCUGUGAGUCAUGGAUCCGGAGAAGAACACCCCGACGACACAACGGAAAUUAUUUGGUAUCAAGGUGAAGAAGAAAAAGAAGAAAGUCAACAAGGGACUAGUCUUGGCAAACAAAGGUGCACUGGAGGGGUCUGAGGCAGAGUCUGGUCUGGAAGAGACUUUACUGGAUGAUGUCCCAGAGACAAGUCCUCUGGCUGGACCCUCAGGCCUGUCCCUAUUCAGACAGGUGCCCCGGACCAAGAGGUCCAGACAUCAGGCCAAGAUUUUGGAGGGAGACAGCAGGCCCAAAACUUUCCAGAUUUCCAUCAACAUCACAGAGGCAAAACAACUGGUGGGGGAGAACAUCGAUCCCAGUGUUGUGAUGGAGGUCGGAGAUGAACGGAAACAGACGACAGUCAAAGAGGGGACUAACGCCCCCUUUUUUAACGAGUACUUUGUGUUUGACUUUUACGGCACAAAAGAGACCUUCUUUGACAAAGUCAUCAAACUGUCGGUGAUGCACUCCAAGAUAAUGAGAAGCUUUUGCAUCGGCUCCUUCAAGCUCGAUGUUGGAACAGUCUACAGCCAGCCAGGUCACCAAUUUCUCAACAAAUGGACGGUGCUGAUGGACCCCUGCAACAUCCGAGCCGGGGUCAAAGGUUACCUGAAGUGUGACAUCAGCGUCACGGGGAAGGGUGACUCGCCGGAGCCCUCACAAAAGUUCAGUGAUGCUGAGGAGGUCAUUGAAAAGAACCUCUUACUGCCCGAAGGCUUUCCCUCGGAGCGUCCUUGGGCUCGGUUCCACGUGAAGGUGCUCCGGGCAGAGGGCCUGCCCCGCAACAACUCCAGCAUCAUGGCCAACGUCACCAAAGCCUUCAUCGGCGACAACACGGCCCUCAUUGACCCUUACGUGGUGGUGUCCUUCUUCGGCCAAGUGGGCCGCACGUCGACCCAGAAGAGCACGGCGGCGCCCGUGUGGAACGAGCAGAUCGUCUUUAAGGAGAUGUUCCCGCCGCUCUGCCAGCGACUCAAGAUCCAGCUGAUUGACGAGGGCAGCAUGAACGACGUCGCCAUAGGGACCCACUACAUCGACCUGCGGCGCAUCUCCAACGAGCAGGAUGGCGAUAAAGGGUUCCUGCCCACCUUCGGUCCGGCCUGGAUCAACCUCUACGGCUCGGCGGACAACAGCGAGCUGAACGAGGGCUUGGGGGAGGGGGCGUCGUUCCGCGGCCGUGUCUUCAUCGAGCUCGCCGUGGAGAUCCUGUCCGGAGCCAGCGCCGUGGAGACCAAGAUGACGCGCUCGGCGAAGGAGCUCAAGGAGAAGGGAGGGAAGGCGGCGGGGAAGGAGCAGGCCGGGGGAGCAGGAGGAGGCGCAGCCGGGGAGGAGGAGAGGAGCAAGGCUGCAGGACCGGAGGUCAUCCCUGUGGAGAACCCACCUACGGUUAGUGUAGAGGACAAGGAAAACUUUAUGCUGUUUGGAGUCGUGUUUGAGGCCUCACUGAUUGACAGGAAGAUCGGUGAUCGACCCAUCAACUUUGAAUUCACCAUUGGGAGCUAUGGGAAUGUGAUUGAAGGCACUCAUGGGAGUAAGAAGAGAGGAGGGGCGGAGACGUAUGAUCCUGACUCCUCCCAGACCACACCCCUUCUGGAUGCCCAGGAGCCUUUGCUCAGCAAGUCCACCACACCCCCAGAGAAACCCGUCCUCGUCGACGGAAACAGAAACUACAACUACCUGCCCAUUGGCCAGAAGAAGCCCUGCGUCCACGUGAUGAGCUGCUGGGAGGGCCGCACCUACCGCCUGCACUACUCCAACGUCCUGGACAGCAUCGCCAUAGCGUUCGAGGAGGGCGUGGCCAAGGCGGGGUCACUGAACAAGCUGCUAGACGCGGGGGCGGAGCCUCAUCUUCUGCGGGUCUUUCAGGAGUUCUGCAGGGAUGCCAGGAGCUUCAUUGCCUUUGCUGAGCGGAGGGCCAAGGGGAGCCGUCUCACGCUGCUGGACAAGAAGCGCCUGACCCUGUGCAGGCAGGAACUGGAGAGCAUCAUUGAGCUGAUUGGCUCCAUCACGGUGCCCAAGAGGAAGCCUCUGAGUGUGAAGGAGCUGCUGCUAGAGGCCCAGAAACUCACAGAGAGACUGCGCUUCCUCGUGGAGGAGCCCCAGCACACCCUCCCAGAUGUGUUUGUGUGGUUGCUCAGCAACAACAAGCGAGUUGCAUAUGGCCGGAUCCCAGCGCGCCACCUGCUGCACUCAGAGAACCCAGAGGAGAUGGGCCGGGACUGCGGCAAGAUCAGAACCCUCUUCCUCAAGCCCCCAGGUAGGUUGGGGAAUAGCUGGACAGUGCAGGCCAAGCUGGACGUCUACCUGUGGUUGGGCACCUGUCAAGACUCCGCCCAUAUGAUGGACAAUCUCCCAUCAGGCUUUGAGGUGCUGCAAACUGGCCAACCAGAGGAGAGGACAGGGGCUCCACCUGCCUUCCUGCUGUACAGAGAUCAGCACCUCUUCCAGUUGCGAGCCCACAUGUACCAGGCCCGUGGACUCAUUGGUGCCGACGCCUCGGGCCUCUCGGACCCGUUUGCCAGAGUCUCCUUCAUCAGCAACAGCCAGAACACUGCAAUCAUCAACCAGACCCUGACGCCCACCUGGAACCAGAUGUUGCUGGUGAAUGGGGUCACUCUGCACGGAGACCUAGACGAACUGGCCAAAGAGCCCCCCUCCCUCGUCAUCGAGGUCUAUGACGACGAUGCUCUGGGUAAAGCGGAGUACCUGGGCUCGUCGGUGGCGCUGCCGGUGGUGCGUGUGUCCCAGGAUCCGUACCAGCCUCCUCUGCUGCAGUACAGCCCCCUCUACUGCGGCAGCCUGGCAGGGGGAGACCUGCUGGCAGCGUUUGAACUCAUACAGGUCCCAGAGUCUGGAGUGGACGCUCUGCCAGAUGUGGAUGAGCCUGAUGGCCUGGGCUACCCCGUCCCUGCCUACAUCCGCCCUGUUCUCAGCAGAUACAGACUAGAGGUACUGUUCUGGGGCUUGCGCGAGCUGAAGAAGGUCCAGCUGCUGUCUGUGGACCGCCCGCAGGUGUUUAUUGAGUGUGCUGGCAGAGGGGUGAACUCUUCCGUCAUCCCCAGCUACAAGACCAACCCUAACUUCAGCGUGCUGGUGGACGCCUUUGACGUGGAGUUGCCUGAGGAUGAGCACCUCCACCCGCCGCUCAGCAUCACGGUGGUGGACUGGAGGGCGUUCGGGCGGAGCACGCUGGUGGGGUGUCACAUGAUCAACAACCUCGGCCUCUUCAAGUACACACCUCCACCUGCCCCCGCCCCGGCCCCUGCUACUGUUUCUGCCCCCGUUUCUCCCAUGAUGAGGCAGCAGGACCCACACAGCAUACAGGUGCUCCAAAUGGCUGUUCAAGAUGGGUACCAGUCAGAGGGACAUCCCCCUCCUGAGGAGAUCUACAUCAACAUAGAGUACGACUCCCGUACGACACCCGUACUGCCCAGGCCCAAACACCAGCCUCCACCCAAAGACAAGAGGGAGAGCAGAAAGCAGACCAGGAGGUCUACGAAGAGGAGGAAGCGCACCAUCGCAGAUGAGUCUGCCGAGUGUGUGAUCGAUUGGUGGUCCAAAUACUACGCCUCCGUAGAGAAAAUCAAACAGGCUCGUGUAAGGGAUGGUCACCCAUUCCCCCAGGUCUAUGACAACAUCGCUCCGCUUCAGGGCUUGAUCUCAGAAGGAUUGGGUUCUCUGGUGUCUGGCUUCAAAGAACAGAUGACGCAGACACAGAAAGUCCAGCUGGUUAAAGCAGUGACGGAGCACUCUAAACUAGCCACUCUGCAGAUCUACGAUAAGGAGCUGGAGGAGGAGUUUGCCCACUUUGACGACUGGGUGAAGACGUUUGAGCUGUUUCGUGGCAAGGCCAACGAGGAGGAGGGCUCCAGCGACGACCGCCUGGUGGGCAAGUUCAAGGGCCGCUUCUGUCUGUACAGACUGCCAGAGGGCGAUGACGGCGACUGUGAGGGACCGUUCAGGAUCAACCAGGGAAUCCCCGCCAACACCGAGACCAAGGUCCUCAUCCGCGUCUACGUCGUCUCCGCCAGCAACCUGCACCCUGCGGACCCCGAUGGGAAGUCCGACCCCUACAUCGUCCUGAGAAUAGGCAAGACCGUGAUCAAGGACCGCGAUAACUACAUCCCCAAACAGCUCAACCCAGUGUUUGGCAGGUCCUUUGAGUUCCAGGCCUCGUUCCCCAGAGAGUCCCUGCUGAAGGUGUUCAUCUACGACUACGACAUGAUCGGAGGGGACGACCUGAUCGGGGAGACGCACAUCGACCUGGAGAACCGCUUCUACAGCCGCCACCGGGCCACCUGCGGCCUGCCCAGCGAGUACUCACUUGAGGGCUAUAAUGCUUGGAGAGACUGCAUUCAGCCCACAGACCUCCUCAUCAAGCUUUGCAAGGAGAACCGGCUCAAUGGGCCGCGCUUCAAGCCCGGGAGGAUCACCAUCGGAGACAAGGUCUUCACCGGGAAAACCCUGUUUGUGGAUGAAGAGCGGACAGUGGAGUCGUACGAGCACCUGGCUCUGAAGGUGCUGCACAGGUGGGCCGAGAUACCAGGUGUGGGCUGCCAGCUGGUGCCCGAGCACAUCGAGACACGCACGCUCUACCACAAGAACCGGCCCGGCAUAGAACAGGGUCAGCUACAGAUGUGGGUGGAUGUGUUUCCCAUGGACAUGCCCCUCCCUGGACCCCCAGUGGACAUCUCCCCACGCAAGCCCAAAGGGUAUGAGCUGAGAAUCAUCAUCUGGAACACUGAGGAUGUGGUUCUGGAGGACAGCAACUUUAUAACGGGACAGCAGUCCAGCGAUAUCUACGUGAAGGGCUGGCUGAAGGGUCUGGAGGAAGACUGCCAGGAGACGGACGUGCACUACAACUCGCUGACGGGCGAGGGCAACUUCAACUGGCGCUUGGUGUUCCCCUUCAGCUACAUGCCGGCCGAGAAGCUGCUGGUGCUCAGCAAGCGCGAGAGCAUCUUCGCCCUGGACAAGACCGAGCAGAAGCUGCCCGCCGUGCUCCUGCUGCAGGUCUGGGACUUCGACCGCCUCUCCUCAGACGACUUCCUGGGCUCUCUGGAGCUGGACCUGCAUGGCUUUCCGCGCGGGGCGAAGACUGCCAAGGCCUGUAAGCUAGAAAUGCUGAGCGAUGGCACAGACACGGUCUCCAUCUUCCAGCAGAAGCGCUCGCGAGGCUGGUGGCCCUUCUCCAAGUCUGAUGAGCUCACGGGUAAAGUGGAGGCGGAGUUCCAUCUGGUGACUGCAGAGGAGGCGGAGAAGAACCCAGUGGGCCGAGCCCGAAAGGAACCGGAGCCACUCGAGAAGCCAAAUCGCCCAGACACGUCCUUCUCGUGGUUCGUGAACCCCUUCAAGUGCUUCUUCCACCUGAUCUGGAAGAACUAUAAGAAGUACAUCAUCCUCGCGCUGCUCCUGCUCAUCACCGUGCUGUUCCUGGCCCUGCUCUUCUACACACUUCCUGGAGCCAUCACCCAGAGGAUCGUCUUCGGUCGGAAGGACCCUUGAUGCCAAAAACUUUGAAAAGCAAUAGAUAGACAUUUGUGGGUUUUUAAUAGAAUUAGCCUAGAUGUUUGUAGGUUUUAAGUAGAUGUUUGUAGGUUUUAAAUAGAAAUAGCCUAGAUGUUUGUAGGUUUUUAAAUAGAAAAUAGCUUAGAUGUUUGUAGGUUUUAAAUAGAAAUAGCCUAGAUGUUUGUAGGUUUUAAAUUAUUCCUAGGUUUGCUCUCCUUGUGUAGUUCAUCUUUUCACUUUAAACCAGAACCAGAGAUAGAAAUGGGAGAUUCCAAUCUUGCGCUGAAAAAGCAUUACCUGAAGUUAUCAUACAUUUCACCAAGCCAUAAUAUACAAUUAUCCAUGUUCAAAUCAUAGACCCAGGCCACACUUGUGUUUCAGUAUAGUGCCUAAUUAAGAACUCUAAUUAAAUAAAUAGAUUUUUUAAUAAUACAUAAAUAAAUAAAUAAAUCCCAAAGAUAUAUGGCAGAGUAGUUAGCAGCUUACCUGGAGUGUGGUUAAAGGUACAGUUAGCGAUCCUACACGAUUUCAAACUCAUAACAUUUUUUGUCACAUACUGCAAUAAUCUCCUCACGGUGUGCUAGCUGCCAAUUCUGUGAAUGCACGGUAAAAAAAAUACAUAUAAAAAGUCACUUUUCGGCUCCAAAAACUGUAAACAAAACAAAGUGGCGGACACAAAAACCUGUGUGGAAUUUCUCCUGGAAUACUGAAGGGAGGGGUGAGCAACAUCUCUGGUGUGUGUUGCUUGUUUUGACAAAAGCGGCUGAUAAUAAUUUUAAAUAUAAACAUAAAUCACCUUUAAUUGAACACGUAAAUUAUUAGAGGGGGGAUUUUUUCCCCCUUUUUUUGCAAGAAAAUUGUUUUCUCUUCUUUUAUCUUAUACAUGUCUCAAACAUUAUCCUGUGUCAGCUGGUCCCACUCUCACGACUUUUCAACUGAAAAACUUUCCCCAACCCACACACACACACACACACACACACACACACACACACACACACACACACACACACACACACACACACACACACACACAAAAUGUGCUGUAUCGCUCCCACCAACAGAACAGAGAAAUGAUGUUGUCAGACCUAACCAGAUAGUCCUCAUCUGAAUCUGUCAGCAACUACUGAGAAAAUAUCAUUUGAUGUGGUUAUGACUGCGUGUGACUGGAGGGAACACACAUCUCUUUCACUGUCUUGCUUAUCAAACUAUCUGAGGUGCUCAAAAUUAAAUGUUGGUGUUUCUGUUAGUCACCUACAAGCCAUUUAAUCUUCUUUAAGUGUGUAACCCUUUAGUUUUUAUAAUGGUAAUAUGGUUAUAAAAAUGUGUGUAUUUGUUUAGUUAUUCAAAUUUAUCAGUGUAGUUUGCCUCAGUUUGGUAGUUUUCCUCAUUUCUGUAUCAGUAGUUUAGUUCAUAGUAUGUGCUUGAAUGAUAAUUGUACAUAAUAUAAUUCAUAGUAUAAUCAUUUUAUUCUGAUUUUUUUCUGUUAUUAUGCCACAGAUGAAAAACAUAAUCAGGGGAAAAACGCUUUUGUACUAAAUAGACCUCUGAAGUUCGCCUACAAGAGGGACCAAAACCCACCAUCUUUGCCCAUACAAGGAGAUCCGGGUGAUGAUCAAAGCUACCUACCUAUUGCACUGCAAGUUAGCUCUGGAGUAGCAAAAGUCAAAGUUCACCAUCUUAACAUACCGAAGAUCACUGAACCCACUCGAAGGCUGAUGGCAAAAGUGUGUAGAGUAAAACGUCUGCAUUUCAGACUUCUUUGUCUCCGUGAGAGUGUAAAAAGUGUGAUUAUCCAAUAUCCCCGGAUGUUAUUUUCCCAUAGGAAAAAUUGUAAGAUACCGGGCAAAGAUGUCAGCUUUUUUUUUGUAAAUGAACUUCAGAGGUCUGUGAAUGAACAAUCAAAUAAAUACAGGCCAAUAUGAACCACACAAUAUAACACGGACAUAAUUUAUUUCUGAUAUUAAACACUUAAUGAUGUUUUCAAAAAAAAGACAUGAUACACAAUAACUUAUUUAAUGUUAAGAACUCACUCAAGGAAACAGCAAUCCGUCUAGAAAAUAACACGUUAUCUGAUGUUGCCCUCGUAGGCCUAAAUGCCAGUCAUAAGAAUGGGCCUUGGUUACCGUGGUUACUGUGCUGGGCCGGCGUGUGCUUGGUGCAUCAACACUUAGAAUGGUGAAAGGAUCCUUUCCCCAGGCAGCAUGAUUUUGGCUCAUAAUAAGAGACAUGAUUCCUUUAACCUUGUUUAAAGCACUCAAAAAGCCACCUCCAAGUGGUUGGCAAUAGGGAUGUUUUGGGAAUGGGAUGAUAGUUUUUCUUUUUAAUUACUUGUCCAAUUCAAUAUCAAUCUUUACAAUGUCAGGCUACUAUGCAUUUGUCUCCUAUCUGCAAUGGUUACACAAACAUGUAAAGAAAAUCCAGUUACUACUAGUGCCCCCAAUUAAAUGUCGCUCUCUCUCGUUCAACUUGUGUGUGAAUUGCAAGCCCAUAAAUAAAUGCCUGUUACAGCA